ACGGGUCCAUGGCGAUUUCAUUCAUCGUAGAAUACAUGCUGAAAAAGAGGUUUAACGUUAGUGUCAUCGUAGUGUUUGCAUUUCUCGUUCACGGUGCAUCUGAUGUUGGCACAGACGUGUCAGUACAUGAGGGAGAUUCAGUCACUCUACACACUAACAUUAAAGUAACCCAACAAGACAGAAUUAGAUGGUAUUUUAAUGGCACUCAUAUCGCUCAAAUCAUUGGAAAUAUCAGUAGAUGUACGGAUGUUCAGUGUGAACAUGCUGAUGAGAGAUUCAGAGACAGACUGACACUGGACAAUCAGACUGGAUCGCUGACCAUCAGUAACGCCAGAACCACAGACACUGGACCUUAUAAAGUAACCAUCAACAGCAAAACUGAAAAGACCUUCAAUGUUUCUAUCUAUGCUGUUCCUGUUCCUGCUGAUGAACGUGGUAAAAUCAAGAAUUCAGGUCUGUCUCCAGCUGCUAUAGCAGGAAUAUGUGUUGCUCUUAGUGGUCUGCUUGCAGCUGCUCUUGGUGUGACUUACUAUUGCCGCAAGAACAACAGAAAGGAAAAAGGAAGUUCUCACAAUCAGAGAGGAUCUCAACACAGGGUCGGCGCCAAUGGCAGGCCUCCACAAAUGGGUUGCCUUGCUCCCCGUUUCCAGCCUCUGGCUGAAAGUGAAAGUGAAACAGAAUAAAACGGCAUGCAUAACAAAGCAAUUGCAUGCUUUGUUGAGCGUCAACAACUGUACGUGAUUGCAGAUGGCACAAAACGUGAUUUGUGCCCCCCUUUAGAAAUUUAAAUAGUUCUCAUAAUAAGUGCCUUUCUUUAAUGGUUGUGGGUUACUUAAGGGCUUGUGGUGGAGGUUUGCUCUCAGCAGUUUCCUAUUUCAGCAGAUCUGGUAGGGGCUGAAUGUGACUAAAGUAAAGCUUCUGAAAAAGACACUCAAAACCAUAAUGUAACCACUAGGUGGUGCUUUUUUAUUUUUAUCUUCAAAUGAGAAUUGUUCCAGUAGGGUCUGGCUGCAGACAUGCACUUUUUUCUGACCUGCACUCUCAGACAACAGCACUUCCACAAGUGACGUCACUUGCAGUCUUUUUUAUUUUUUAUUUUAUUUAUUAUUUUUUAAUUAAAUCUCUCAACAUUUUACAACAGUAGCCAGGUUGUAAAGACACGAAAAAAGAAACUAAAUUACAAUGUUAUUCACACAGAUUUGUGGGUCUUGUCUUUAUCUCCUACAGAUGACUUGCAAGAUCCUGUACAUUAUGCUAUUAAAUUAGUUUUAAUCGUUUAAGCCCCACGCAUCUUGUCUCCAUUGGCAACACACACGAUUUGUGUGGAUUGCAAGUGGCGAUUGCGAGUGACAUUGUAAUUGUUCUUUUUUCUUGUCUUCACCACCUGACUACUGUUGUAAAAUGGUGAGAGAUUCAAUUAAAUAAUAAACAAAUAAAUAAAAUAAAAUAAAAUAGACUGCAAGUAAUGUCACUUGCAGAAGUGCAUUUUUUUCUGAGAAAGCUGGUCUGAAAAUGCAAUUUGUGGCACAUCUACUGCCGCAAUCUACAUAAUCUACUUGUAGCAUUCAGCUUUCUUGUUAAAAUUUUGCAGCAAAAUGCUUUGUGAAUAUUAGGAAGAUUGAAACACUUAAAUUCAGCAUUUAACACUAUUAUCAUUUUAUACCCAGCCUAUGAAUCUUUAAGGCAGCCAAGCAGGUUAUUAGUCUUAAAAGUAUUAUUACUUUUAAAACCACUUUAACAUCAGUAUUCAUUAUUUAUGUAAUUCACAAUGCAUCCUGGGUUUUAUUUCUUCAUAAAUGACAUCAAGUACCCAGUGUUAUACUUUUGUUUUCCUGCUCCAUUUCUCUUUAAAACAAAGUUUGCAUUAGGUUUUUUUUUUUU